CUAACUGCCUCGAAUGAAGUAGUUUGCCAAUGCCUUGUACUGAUGCUAUAGUAACUGUUCGUAUAGUUAUUACAUCGGUUUAAUUUCAUUUAUUGGACACAUUUGAAUGAUAAGUUUGUUCCACAUUUAAUUCUUGCAUAAUCUUUGGCGCCUCUGGUUGUGGUUUGAGAUAGCCUUAGAAUUUCUGGAUUAGGAGAGCACUCAUGGACUCCAAGGGAACUAGUUGGCUGAAAAAAGAGAAGAAUGAAGUAUAUGCUGAACCAGGCUCCUUGGUUCAAUUACACACAUCUACCAUGAAAGUAAAAGAAGAAUUGGAUGAGCAAGUGAACCAACAGUUUCUUCAAGAUCCACCAAGGAUUGUAAUGCCUAGUCUUCGUAUAAAGCAAGACCUAGAACUGAAACGGGAUUUAGAUGGCAUUGAGCAUGAUGUGACCGACACUGAACGGAGGAUGACAGUAUUUCCAAAAUGCAGUGCAACUGUGGCUGUGAUCUGCUAUGUGCUGCAGACAAAUAAGAAUUGAAUAUGGCAGUACACAGUAAGUGGACCAAACAUUGAAUGUAAGAUUACAGUUAUUGGAAGAACUGUCAUCAUCUGUUGGAGAUUACACAAGAUUUUGGGUUUUUGACAUGAAUCGCAUUUAGGGCAGAUACUCACUAUCACAAAGAAAUAAAUGUAAAGGUGACCUCAAGUGUUCGAUGAAGAAGUGGGACCUAGAAAAGGGCUAUGUGGGGUGAUCAACAUACUACUGUGAGUCAGAUGAUCACCAGUUUGAAUUUGAAGGCAGCAGGGCCUAUUGCUAUGACAACUUUACUGAGACAAUUGCAAUGCAUAAGACUUGGUGCUU